ACUAAACACUCUGUCCUGAGUUUAGAACCCUUUACAGUUGCUGAGGUGUUAACACUGUUGGUCAUCCUCUGCUCAUCAUCCAACCAAUGAUGAGGUCUGCUCUGAUCCUUCUGCUGUGCGUCCUGGGAGCAGCCCUGUGGUCCGGCGCGUUGGCCAGCAAUGCAAAUCUUCCUGAAGAAUGCUGUUUCAAGUAUUACACAAGAAAAAUCCCCAGACAAUCCAUCAGGGAAUAUGAAAUGACAAGAUCUGACUGCUCUAAGAAGGGAGUCAUCUUGUUCACAAAAAGGAACUUCCGCUUCUGUGCCAAUCCAGAAGACCCUACGAUUGAGAAGAUCAUGAAGUCCAUCGACGAGAGUAAAUUCUAGUAACCACUUCCCAGGAAGAAGGCUAAAGGCUAAACGGUCAACUCCUGCUCCUACUUCCUUUUCAGCUCUGCGUAAAAUAACUGUUUUUUACAUGUAGUGACAGUGUCAAUUGAUAUGCUAGAAAUCAUAGUGAUAAUUUAGUAAAUGUGUAUCACGUGUAUCAGAUAUAAUGAUCAUGUUAUGAACAUGAAAUGCAUUUUAUCACUCAACAAAAGGGUUUACUGAUAAAAGGACUCAUUUGACUCACUUCACACAAAAAGGCAGAGACGAAUUUCUUACUUGCAUGAGUACAUUUACAUUUAAGUCAUUUAGCAGACGCUCUUAUCCAGAGCGACUUACAAAUUGGUGCAUUCACCUUAUGACAUCCAGUGGAACAUGACUGUCGUUUUCCUCAGUGACCUGACAAUUUCACUUAACUCCUAUUUAUAGCAUACCAUGAAAAUACAGAUCGGGUCAAUGGAAAAUAAUGGCACUAAGUAAUAAUAAAACAAAUAUGGAUUCUUGUUGUUGACCAAUCGGUCAUAUAAAAAUCAUUGAUCUACCUUGAGGCUAUUUGAGUGUGGAAAGGGUGGCACAAGAGACCCCAAAAAUCAAGGCAACUACAUUUAGAAAAACCCAAACCUUGAAUCAUGUUUUGUUUUUUACACUGUUGUCUCUCAAUAGGGUGACUAGGCUAUAAAUAGGUAAUCGUUAAGUGCAAUGGUCAGGUCAGUCUGAGUAAGAGGUCAGCUUGACGUCGAAACGUCAGUCCCCUGUACUCAUCCUGAACAACAGAUUAAAGUGAGCAAAUAAUAAAUCAAUCUCUGCCUUUUUUUUUUGUUGAGUUUUCCAAAUAUUUUCUGCCUCAAAUGAGUCCUUUUGGAACUUUUUCUUGGUAAGCCUUUUUUUUUUUUUAUUAAUCAUUGUCAAUCUUCCCUUCUCCCUUUGUGUUGUGCUGUAGGGCAGAAUCCUUCCUGAUCUCUUAUCUAUACUUCUCCCUUUGUGUUGUGCUGUAGGGCAGAAUCCUUCCUGAUCUCUUAUCUAUACUUCUCCCUUUGUUAGAAGCUGUAAUUUUCUUCUAUCACAAACAUUAUAAUACGACAUGUACUGGCUGUCUUUUGUCUGAAACAAUAAAAUAAUACCACUUUUA